GGCGGGGCCUUUGUCUUGCGCUCCAGGUGUAGCUUCUGUCGCGUUUUCUCCCCUAUUUAUCCUCAGCUGCGGAAGGCCUUGGUGACUCUGCUGCUGCAGUGUCUGGUUUCUCUGUGACCUGCAGGUGCUGGGAGUUACGUAGCUAAGAUGCCAGGACACACCGAAAGCCGGAAAACGGUUUUGGUAUCAGGAUGAUCCUGGCUUUAGAGAAUGUGUUAGGGAGCAGUCCCUUCUCAAGUUUUUGGAAGAGUUUCAACAGGAAUUGAACCAGCUGUUCUUUGUACAUCUGAGACGAGUUCUCACUAUGUUGUCCAGGCUGGUUUUGAACUCCUUACCUCAAGUGAUUCUUCUGCCUAAUCCUCCCAAAGUUCUUACAUUAUAGCUAUUUUAUCUUAUUCCAUUCAAGACCUUUUGCCAGAGCAGGAUAUGAAAGAUUUAUGCCAAAAAGUGACACUGACAAGACAUAGAAGCUGGGGCCUUGACAAUUUGCACUUAGUGAAAGACUGGAGAACUGUGAAUGAGGGUAAGGGGCAGAAAGAAUGUUAUAAUAGACUUACUCACUGUUCAUCAACUAAAAGCAAAAUCUUUCAAUGUAUUGAAUGUGGCAAAAAUUUUAGCCGGAGGUCAAUCCUUACUGAACAUAAGAGAAUUCAUACUGGAGAGAAACCAUACAAAUGUGAAGAAUGUGGCAAAGUUUUCAAUCGAUGUUCAAACCUAACCAAACAUAAAAGAAUUCAUACUGGAGGAAAACCCUACAAAUGUGACGAAUGUGGCAAAGUUUUUAAUUGGUGGUCACAACUAACUAACCAUAAGAAAAUUCAUAGUGGAGAGAAACCCUACAAAUGUGACGAAUGUGGCAAAGUUUUUAAUUGGUGGUCACAGCUAACUAGCCAUAAGAAAAUUCAUAGUGGAGAGAAACCAUAUACAUGUGAAGAAUGUGGCAAAGCCUUUACCCAGUUCUCAAACCUUAUGCAACAUAAGAGAAUUCAUACUGGAGAGAAACCCUACAAAUGCAAAGAAUGUUGCAAAGCCUUUAACAAGUUCUCAAACCUUACUCAACAUAAGAAAAUUCAUACUGGAGAGAAACCCUACAAGUGUGAAGAAUGUGGCAACUUUUUCAAUGAGUGCUCACACCUAACUAGACAUAGGAGAAUUCAUACUGGAGAGAAACCCUACAAAUGUGAAGAAUGUGGCAAAGCCUUUACACAGUUUGCAAGCCUUACUCGUCAUAAAAGAAUUCAUACUGGAGAAAAACCCUACCAAUGUGAAGAAUGUGGCAAAACUUUUAAUCGGUGUUCACAUCUAAGUAGCCAUAAGAGAAUUCAUACUGGAGAGAAACCCUACAAAUGUGAAGAGUGUGGCAGAACCUUUACUCAAUUCUCAAACCUCACUCAGCAUAAAAGAAUUCAUACUGGAGAGAAACCCUACAAAUGCAAAGAAUGUGGCAAAGCAUUUAACAAGUUCUCAAGCCUUACUCAACAUAAGAGAAUUCAUACUGGAAUGAAACCCUACAAAUGUGAAGAAUGUGGCAAAGUUUUUAAACAGUGCUCACACCUAACUAGCCAUAAGAGAAUUCAUACUGGAGAGAAACCCUACAAAUGUAAAGAAUGUGGCAAAGCUUUUUACCAGUCCUCAAUCCUUAGUAAGCAUAAGAGAAUUCACACUGAAGAGAAACCCUACAAAUGUGAAGAAUGUGGCAAAGCCUUUAACCAGUUCUCAAGCCUUACUCGUCAUAAAAGAAUUCAUACUGGAGAGAAACCCUACACAUGUAAAGAAUGUGGAAAAGGGUUUUACCAAUCCUCAAUCCAUAGUAAGUAUAAGAGAACUUAUACUGGAGAGGAACCUGACAAAUGUGAAAAAUGUGGCAGUCUUUAAAAACUGCUUACAUUAUACAUGGCUUCAGUAAUUUCAUACUGAAUAAAAGUUGUAUGAGCAUCAUGACUGUUUAAGGAUGUUUCACAAAAUAUAAGCUUCAUGGUGCACAAACUAUACUGAAUGAAAUGUAUAAAUAUAGAAUGUUACAAUACCUUUGUUUAUUUCAAAGAUCAUCCUGUAAAUAGAAUCUGUACCAGAGGAAAACCCUUAAACAAUUAUUCAGACUUUAUUCAACUUUAGAGGAUUUUAUGGGGGAAAAAACCUCCUACAAAUGUGGAAAAACAUUUUUUCAAGAUAUAUACCUUAGAAAACACCAGAGUUUAUAAUAUAGUAGAAUAUAUUUUACAAAUACAGUGAAUACAAACAAAUGUCCAAAAUUAAGUCUAAAUAAAACAUUACAUAAUUUACUAUAGAAAGUACUAAGGCACUAACAGUUUCAGAUGUUACUUUAAAGCAGUGUUGAUUGUCGAGAAUAAUUCAAAGUUUAAAUAGAUAAUUUAGUUGUAUGUAAAUUUAAAUGAGUCAAGAGAUGAUGUCUUUUUGAAGUAGUUACAUUCAUGUUAUACUUUUUCACAUUAAAAGUUUUUAUAUUUUUUAUUAUAUAUUUUAAUAUUGAUGUAAUUCAAAUUUCAGAUAACUUGAUUUUAUUAUAUUUAUUGUUUACAUUAAAGCAUGUGGUCAUUUGUUGCUGCAUAAGAGCUAUGAGAAGUUCUUCUAUAUUAGAUGACCAUCAUUUAUAUGCUUUUUCAUGAGUGAUUAAGGGCACUGAAAUGUAACAUUUAUAAGGAAAAUAUAAGUAGAAAUGCUUUUUGUUGAUAUAUAACAGUGUUUUAAGUAACACAGGUAUUCAGAGAAGUAUUUUGCAUUAUAGUAAUAGAGAAACA